AAAAAUUAAACACGAGAAUAAAAAAUGUUGGCUAUGCUCAAAAUGGCCUACUUUCUUUUUUUAUUUUAUUUUUAUUUUGGGGGGGUUCCCUUGUCUGGACUCGAACCCACGACCCUCCAGCCCGCAGGCCGCCGCUCUAUCCACUGCGCCACACCAGCCGGGGGGCGGCCUGUCUCCGAUACCUUUUCACUGUGUGUCUGUCUGUCUUGCCGCUUCUCACCAGGUCAUCACCCCUGAGAGACGGCAGCGGCGGCGGCCCCGGGGGCACCCAGCCCAGGCGCAGAGAGACGAUGGAGGCCAAAACCCCCCCGGACCCCAAUGCGCACCCCUCAUCGUCUUCGUCGCCAUCGUCUGACCUCAAGCUGGUGGCGCACCCGCGCGCCAAGAGCAAAGUCUGGAAAUACUUCGGCUUCGACACGGACGCGGCUGGCUGCAUCCUCCAGUGGAAAAAGAUCUACUGCCGCAUCUGCCGGGCCCAGAUCGCCUAUUCGGGCAACACCUCGAACCUGUCCUACCACCUGGAGAAAAACCACGCGGAGGAGUUCUGCGAGCUGGUCAAGAGCAACACGGAGCAGAUGCGCGAGGCCUUCGCCACCGCCUUCUCCAAGCUCAAGCCGCCGGACACAGCGGGGGCGGCGGCACAGCAGCAGCUGACGGCGCAGGACACGAGGCACCCCGUGCUGGUGGAAGACAGCAACAGCCACCACCUCGUGCUGGACGCGGCCGAGUGGGCCGGCAUCGAGGCGCUCGCGGGCCUCCUGCAGCCUUUCAAGCAGGUGGCCGACAUGCUGUGCGCCUCCAGGUACCCCACCAUCAGCAUGGUCAAGCCUCUCUUGCACAUGCUGCUCAACACCACGCUCAGCGCCCAAGAGCUGGACUCCAAGGAGGUCAGCCUGGCCAAGGAGCUCAUCGCCCAGGAGCUGGCGCGCACCUACCAGGAUGCGCCCGAGGUGGACAUGUUCCUCAACGUGGCCACCUUCUUGGACCCGCGCUACAAGAAGCUCCCGUUUCUAUCCGCCUUGGAGAGGCAGCAGGUGGAGAGCCGCGUGUUGGAGGAGGCCAAGGGCCUCCUGGAAAAGAUGAAGGAAGGCGGGCACCAGGGCGCAGAGGAGCAGCUGUACGGGCCCCCCGAGGAGCCCCCUGAAAAGAAACCGGCGCCCCCGUGCGCCACAGCCCCGUGCGCCAGGACGCAGCCGCCGCCACCGCCCUCCAGCGUCAUCAACAACAUGUUGGCGGAGAUUUUCUGCCCGCAGGCGGGGGCCUCCGAGGACCAGGAGGAGCGGCACGCGCAGGUGCUGGAGGAACUGAGCAACUUCAAGUCGCAGAAGGUCCUGGGGCUCGACGAGGACCCCCUGAAGUGGUGGAGCGAGCGCCAGGCGCUCUUCCCGGUGCUGCCCAAGGUCCUGCAGAAAUACUGGUGCGUCGCGGAGCCGGAGCCCGAGGACGAGGACGAGGGGGAGUGGGGGCUGGACCACGAGCCGGUGGUGACGUUUGGGGAUGCGGUGAACAGCGGGUUCUUUGGGGGCCGGGACAGCGGCUUGGUGUAGCCACAGGGGAACCGGGGGGAGGCGCUAUUGGGGGGUCACGGUUUGAUAUAAAUACGGACCCCCGCCCCGGCCCCCAGGCUGGCUGGCGUGGCUCAAACGUUGAGCCAGGAACCCAAUGGUCCCCAGUUCUAUUCCCGGUCAGGGCUCGUGGCCUGGUUGUGCGCUCCAUCCCCAGUAGGGGGCGUGCGGGAGGCA